AUGGUCGAAGAGUACGGCGGUCGUCACUGUACAAUUUGCAAACAACUCACCUUUCUGCCGUUGAUUUGCACCGCCUGUGGCCUGCCAUUCUGCGAGCUGCACAGUUCAGCAGAGGCACAUGGCUGCAUUGCAAAGCAUCAAGUUUGUAAAACAAAUGUUGACGCUUCGUCAGCAGCCGACACUUUAUCUGCUUCAGAUCAACGAUGCAUUCAGUGUGGACAGUCGAGUUUGCUGGCUCGCUCGGUGCCACUGCAUUGCACUUUCUGUCAGAAGCCCGUCUGCAUCGCCCACCGUCACCGAUUCGACCACGCCUGCCCUAAAGCGGAGACGAUUCUUGCAGCGGAACGAAAUGCCAGAAGCGAAAAGUUGGGGGAUGACAGUUCGGAUGAUUACUCUGAGACAACGCCGAUUG